AUGAAGAAAACUGCCAUUUCCACUCCACUGCUUUCCAUCUGCCUCGUUCUGAUUGCAUGUCGCUGUUCCCUGGCAUCAUCAUUCUGCCCAGCACAGUGUGUUUGUGAAACACGGCCAUGGUACACCCCUCAGUCUGUGUACCAUCAGGCGAAGACUGUGGACUGUAACGAACUUCAUCUAAGCACCAUCCCACAAAACAUAUCUUCUGACACUCAGGUGUUGCUUCUCCAGAGCAACAACAUCUCCAUGGUGACUUCAGAACUGCGGACUCUUGUCAAUCUCACUGAGUUGGACCUUUCUCAGAACCACUUUACACAAAUCCAAGAUGUUGGUCUGGGCAACUUAACUCAGCUGGUCACCCUUUACCUGGAGGAGAAUCAAGUUAAAGAACUACCUGAUUUCUGCAUGAAAGAUUUAGUCAGCUUGGAGGAACUUUAUAUAAACCACAACCAGAUCUCCUCAAUUGGCCCACAUGCCUUUUCUGGUUUAGGGAACCUGCUUAGGCUACAUCUAAAUUCAAACAAAUUGGUGGCUAUCGAUAGUCAAUGGUUUGAAUCCCUACCGAACCUGGAGAUCCUUAUGAUAGGUGAGAACCCUAUACUUGGAUUGGAAGAUAUGAACUUUCACCCUCUUUCAAAAUUGCACAGUUUGGUACUAGCUGGCAUGGGCCUCAGGGAAAUACCUUCCGGAGCUUUUCAAGGACUGGAAUACCUAGAGAGUCUCUCAUUUUUUGAUAAUAAAUUGACAGAAGUGCCCAGAGAUGCACUGCGCGCUCUGCCAAACCUGAAGUUCCUCGACCUCAACAAAAAUCCUAUUGUGUAUGUGCAGUCAGGUGAUUUCCAGGACUUUGCCCACUUGGAGGAACUCAGCAUGAACAACAUGGAGGAGCUUGUGUCUGUGGAAAAAAAUGCAUUUUCCAACCUCCCGCAGAUGGCCAAGUUGGAGGUUUACAACAACCCUCGUCUGUCCUAUAUCGACCGCAAGGCUUUCCAUGGCAUGGCUAGCUUGCGUACUUUGCUGUUCCACAACAACGACCUCACUCUCCUUCCUCAUGAGGUUUUAGCUUCCUUCCCCAACCUGGAUGAGGUCAGCCUCCAUAGUAACCCCCUCAGGUGUGAUUGCCUCUCAAUCUGGGGGCCAAUCUUUGGUAACCAGUCAAGUCUCAAGCUUCUGGAACCCAAAAUCACAAUGUGUGCCUCUCCUCCAAACCUGGUAGGGCGCACGCUCCAGGAAGUGGUGUCAAAUACCUGGGACAUGGCAAGUAACGCCUGUCUGCCAGUCAUAUCUCUGAAUAGUUUCCCUCCCAAACUCAAUGUCACAGCCGGUCAGCCCCUAACGCUCAACUGUCGUGCUGUGGGUGACCCUGCCCCUCAGUUCUACUGGGUAACCCCCACAGGUGACAAAGUCACCUCAGAAGUGGUAUCCCCAGCACUGAAUAAGGGCAACAGUGGCAUGAAGAAGCACAGACUUCAGGACCAAGGUGCUCUGGAGAUCCUUCAUGUUGAGCCAGAGGACGCUGGUUUAUAUACAUGUGUGGCAUGGAAUACAGAAGGUGCAGACACCUGGAGUAUCUCUGUGUAUGUAGACAAAAGUAAUUGGCAUGAUGACAGGAAGAAAGCUAAACAGCAAGGGGCAAAGAACACCACUGGAGCCCUUGUUAUCCUUGCAAAAGUUAUCCAUGCGCAAUCUGUAGUAUUGGAAUGGAAGGUUUACCCAACAGCCCGUGUCUCUGGCCAUGAGAUGCCACAACCCAAGUGGCUCAGUGCCACUAUGAGAAUCAAUAACCCUCACAUUAGCUACACGGCAAAGGUCCCGGUGGACAUUCAAGAAUACAACCUCACGCACCUUUUGCCCUCAACAGAGUAUCAAGUCUGCUUGACCAUGGCAUCGACAGAGCAGCAAACUCAGCAGUCCUGCAUCAAUAUCACCACUAAAGAAGCCAGCUUUGCUGUAGAGAUAGUUGCCCAACCAAGUAACGUUGCCUUGGCAGCAGUGAUGGGCUCCAUGUUUGCCAUCUGUAUCAUGGCAUUGCUGGUGUUUUACAUGGGAAGACGUAUAAAGCAAAAGUCCUGCCAUCACUCGUUGAAGAAGUACAUGCAGCAUGCCACCUCGAUUCCCCUCAACGAGCUCUACCCACCUCUCAUCAACCUGUGGGAGAACGAAACGGAGAAAGAGAAAGAAGGGUCCAUCGACCCUCAAAACUCACAGAUAGACACCUCAAAGACAUACAUGUGGUAG